UAGAAACGCCGAGAGCACGCCCGACCUCCGUGUCUUGCCUACCUGUAGAUACUCGAGAUGCCGUAAACGCUCCUUGCAAGGCAGCUCCCCAGUCCGGGCCAAAUUCAUGCAGAUUACAUAAGUCAUUCUUCACUUAUUUCACCCGCCUCAAAAUAUAUAGUGUGGUAUUGUGGUUGAAACUUAAUCCUUUUCCCACCGGCCUCAGGAUAGGGGCCGAAAAACGACUACAUUUCACUUUGUAGUUAUUUCCCCCUCUACCCUACAGCAGUGUUGUGAGGCUUAGCAUCAAAUUAUUAGACUUUUUUUUUGUUUUUUGUUUAAGUUAAGGGGAUUCAGAAAGUAGCGUUGUAAUUUAUUUUUUAAUCUUAAAAAUGCACGUGCAAAGUGAUGACUACUUUCCAUCUUGAAACCUACGCUCAGCCUAAGGGGAGAAGCAGCGUCGCUAUGAAAGAGGUCUUCUUCUGUUCAUAGAGAAGUGGGGCUGGGAGGGACCUCCAACCCCCAUAUUCUCCAAAAUGACAUGACAAGAGAAACUAUUGCUUAUUGGCAGAUACUCUGAUGUACCAAAGCACCCAAGUCUAUACCUGAAAGACAAUGAAUGGGGAAGGGAUCAAGGAUCCUGUCUCCAAAGUUUUACAUGUGGUACACACAAAAAUGAGGCUGAGAACGCGGAAAGCUUCUCAGCAGUCAAAUCAAAUUCACACGCAGCGUGCUUUGAGGACAAAGAGGAAACAUUCAGAGGUAGAAGAAAGCUUACCUGUUGGAGGAGGAAAACCACAGAAAAAUGAAACUGGCUUGUUGUCUUCAAUCAAAAAGUUCAUUAAAGGAAGCACAACCAAGGAAGAAAGAGAACAUCCUGCAAAGAGAAGUAGAAUUGAACGUGACAUAGAUAACAACUUGAUUACAUCCACACCUCAAACAGGAGAAAAGCCUAACAAACAGAUCUCUCGAGUGAGACGGAAAAGUCAAGUAAAUGGAGAAGCUGGAAGUUAUGAAGUGACAAACCAACACGUAAAGCAGAAUGGAAAAUUAGAAGAUAAUCCUGCCACUGGCAGUCCCCCACGGACUACGUUACUGGGGACCAUAUUUUCUCCUGUUUUCAAUUUUUUCUCACCAGCAAAUAAAAAUGGAACAUCAGGAUCAGAUUCCCCCGGGCAAGCUGUUGAAGCUGAAGAGAUAGUCAAACAGCUUGAUAUGGAACAGGUGGAUGAAAUCACUACAAGUACUGCAACGUCGACCAAUGGAGCAGCUUACACUAGCCAAGCAGUGCAAGUCAGAUCUACUAUCAACAAUGGUUUAGAAGAAGUAGAGGAAACAAGCGAUCGUGAUCUACCACCACUGACAGCACCAGUAUCUCCAGACAGUGGUUAUUCAUCAGCUCAUGCAGAAGCCACCUAUGAAGAAGACUGGGAAGUCUUUGAUCCGUAUUAUUUCAUCAAACACGUUCCACCACUAACAGAAGAACAACUCAAUAGGAAGCCAGCUCUUCCACUGAAAACAAGAAGCACACCAGAAUUCUCUUUAGUUCUAGACUUGGAUGAAACAUUAGUGCACUGUAGUCUAAACGAGCUAGAAGAUGCUGCACUCACUUUUCCAGUUCUUUUUCAAGAUGUCAUUUACCAGGUUUACGUGCGGUUAAGGCCAUUCUUCAGAGAAUUUCUGGAACGUAUGUCUCAGAUUUAUGAGAUCAUUCUUUUUACUGCUUCUAAGAAGGUAUAUGCAGACAAGUUAUUGAACAUACUUGACCCUAAAAAGCAACUGGUCAGGCAUCGACUUUUCCGUGAGCAUUGUGUUUGUGUACAAGGAAACUACAUAAAGGAUUUAAAUAUUCUUGGUAGAGAUCUUUCAAAAACUAUCAUAAUAGACAAUUCACCACAAGCCUUUGCCUAUCAGCUUUCAAAUGGAAUUCCUAUAGAGAGCUGGUUCAUGGAUAAAAAUGACAAUGAACUCCUAAAAUUGAUUCCUUUUCUGGAGAAACUUGUAGAGCUGAAUGAAGAUGUCCGACCUCACAUCAGAGACAGAUUUCGCUUGCAUGACUUGCUACCCCCAGACUAAAGCCUUUUGUCAAGUUGCUGAAGGGGGAGAAAAUGCAGGACCCUUUUGGACUAAAACAAAAAACAUUGCCAUUACUGUUGAAAUUUUGCAUUUUUGUACCCCGUCUUGCUUUUCUUAUCUUUGGUGCCCAACAGUAAUCAAGGGUUACAGAAAGAGACUUUAUAUAUCUGAGGUCGAAUACAUAACAGUACAAUACAGUAGGUAGGCUAGAACAGAAAAGUCUUUAGAACUAGUGCGACUCCAACGAAAUUUUUUUUAUGUACAGGACAUCUGCAGUUUAUAAAGAAUUCUGUUUCUGCCACCAGCAGUUUGACCUGUAGAAACACAGGAUUUUAUGAUAUAGCAGAGAUUGAAAAUGGACUCUAGUUUUCUCUCUGUUUGGUGCUCUAAGUGGGUUUGUAGCCACUUUUCUGUUACUUUAAGAUUCUCAUUUCAACAGGAAUGGCCAGUAAAAGUUGUUUUAUUUUCCUGUUAAGGUUUAUAACCUUUUUACAUUUUUGACCUGUAUUAGAUUUAGCAUUUCAUUAUGCAUUCCUUUUAGUUGAGGCGCUUCAUAGUUUUUUCUGGAAAUAGCCAAAUUUUAUUAGGUUUUUUUUUAUUAUCCAGUUGAAUGGCGGUUUCCCUGCUUUGUCUGCCUGCACACUGUAUAUUUGUUUAAAAAUAUUCUCUAGUUUUAGUCCAUGUAAGUUUCAUUUAGAAAAACCUGCAUUUAUAUUUUGUUUCUGUAAUAUUCUACUGUAGUUGAAAUCUUUUCAAAAAUCAAGAGACUGGCUAGAUAAGAAAAAAUAUAAAAAUUACUAAUAUUCAGAAUAUUUAAACCAUUGUGAUGGCAUGUACUCUGGAAAGACGAUACCUUGCAGUGGCACACACAGCUGAUGGACAAGGAAUACCUCAGACCAUACUGUGCAUGCAAAUCUUGAAGGAGAAUUGGUUUGGUCAUCUGCUGGGUUUGAUGCAGUUUCAAAUACCGCUGCCUUCACUUUCCUCCAAGAAUGAAGUAUUCUGCACAGUUGCUCAGUAUUUUAAGAUGUUUUGCAUGGGCUGACGGUGCCUCUGCUACACUGCUCGUUACAAUCAGUUUCAAACUCCGUGUAGCAGCGUAGGUACCCGACAGUAACUAUGCACGAUCCUGUGGUACAGCACACUCCCAUGCCACCCAUGCAGUUCAUAUGCUAUCAUAGUGGUUUUCUAUGCUAUAUAGAAAUAGUCUUCAAGCCUUGGUUCUCUAAUGCAGCUACCGCAAGAGGUUGAUAUUUUUAUAAUGGUGUGUAAUCUCCUUUUCAGGAGGCUUUUUAUGGAAGGUAUAAUUUGUAAAAGUUAGGAUGCUUUGCCUCUCGACUGCAUUAACAUGCCACAGGCUCGGACUGUUUUUGUGUAAAAGAUGUCACAGAACGGCACUUUUUCUAAAGAGAAGUUUGAUAUUUUGUAUGCUUGUUAAGAAAGUACAGUAUUGGAAAUUAAAGGUGGACAACUGAUAAUUGAGAAGUAUGUCAAUUAAUUUUUUAUGUAUAUUACCUGUUUACUUGUACAAUUUUAUUGUACAAAUUACAUGCAGCUUCAUUUUCAAAUGAGUCCUUAAAAUAAGGAAAAAUCUUUUUAGGAAAACAUUUAAUUUUUGUAUUUUUGAUUUUAAAAGGCAUGAGUUAUGUCAACUUUUUCCAGUGUAUUAAUGAAGAUUUUAACUUUUCAUCAGGUUGAGUGUUUUCUUACUAUAUUAUCUGUUGUGUAUGUAGCUAGCACAUUGUGUCACUGAACUGUUAAAAAAUAGCAUGUAGAGCAAGCCUGUUUCGUGGAAAAUCCUUAUUCAUUAAAAAAAAAAUCAUCAUGGCAGAUUUUCUGCAAAAAAGUGAAAGCAUUUGCAAUUCAGAAUACUGAUUUUUUUUGUAUUUAAAGAAAGGUAUUUUGCUUGCAGGAAAGAAAUAAUACUACAGAUUCAUUUUAAUGAGAAUCUUUUAAAUGUAUUUAUCUUUAGGGCAUCUGGGCAUCUUUACGCUGUUUGUCUUAUGUCUUUAUUGAAAUAAAAUGUACAUAACAUUACCUUUAUAUAUGCUUUUGCGCAGACGUGUGAGCGCUGUAACCAUCCCUGUUCCCUCCUGUUUUUUGUUAAUGGGAUCUGAAAAUAUUUAUAUAUUUGAAAAUGGCAAGCUUGUACUUGAGUUGCUAUGAGGUUAUCCAACAAUUUUUAAAUUAAUUUUUUAAAAUCUCAAACACAAAUUAAGAGAGAUUUUUUUAAUGUAGUUUAACAAUGAAUCCCUGUUUAGAGUGGAAUUUCUUCCAAAUUGCUAUAAAUAAUAUAUUGUAAAAUAUAAGGAUUUUUUUUAAUUCACUGCUAAAUCUAACAUAAUGGAACUGGUUUGAAUAAAUAAUUCAUGGACAUUCUCUAUGAUUCAAGAUGGCGGCAGACAAUUGCCAUCCAUUCGAAUAGUUUCCCUAAGUGUUUGCAUUCUAAUUUAUGACAUUUUUGAGUAAAACCAUUACAAAAUUGUUCUUUUUAUUUAAGCCAAAGCAUGCAUUGCAUUUUACAGACCUAUCUGUGAUUUCAUAUCACUGAGGAAAAUUAGAAUGUGAUAUUUUACAGUCUGGCUUCUAGUAAACGUAGGGAAAAUGGGUGAUUUAGUACUACCUAGAUGCACAACAAAAAUAAUCUAUACAGACUGCUCUGUAAUACAUAUUAAAUAUUGAUAUUUUACUGUGCUGCGUCUGAUCUU